GCAGAGCAGAAGCGCGGCCGGACGGAGUAGCGCGUAGUCGCUGCGAGAGAGAGAGAGAGAAAGAGAGAAAGAGAGAGAGAGAGAGCACGAUGAUAUCGUGACGAAGGGCCCCCGUAACUCCUUCGCGGAGUCGUUUUUUUUUAACCGUCGUCUUACUCACUCGCGCGUUUUUUGUUUGUUUCUCACGCGGGCCGAUAAGCUCCGGUUCGAACGAGCCAUUUUCCCCGCGACGACCGGCGUCGUCGAUCGGUAAGAGAUUAUACGUUGAACAGUGGUGCGAGAGAUCCAAGUACGCAACUGCAGAGAUCGGAGAAUGUCGAAGAAGCAAUGGCUGGUGCUGUUGAUGCUCUUCCUCGUCUACCUGCUGCUCGGCGCCUCGAUCUUCUACCACAUUGAGAGCCGGCUCGAGAUCGAGAAGGUGCGCAUCGCCAAGGAGGAGCGCCUCGAGAUCAACGAUCUCCUGAGUAAACACUACUCCCCCAGCGGAGGUCACGACCAGCAUGAGAUUUUAGACCGAAUAACGAAAUACUGCGGCAAAUCCGUCCACAACUACACGGAGGGAGAGACGGACCCUUUGAAAUGGGACUUCUACAACAGCUUCUACUUCGCCUACACGGUGGUCAGCACUAUAGGUUACGGCAACCUGGCGCCGACGAACGAGCUCGGCCGCCUGCUGAUGAUCUUCUACGCCCUGAUCGGUAUCCCGAUCAACGGUAUCCUCCUGGCCCAGCUCGGCGAGUUCUUCGGCCAGGUCUUCGUGACGGCGGUUCGAAAGUACAAGUCCUACAAGAAGAACCAGAACGACUACUCGAAGAAGUCCCUUGGCUCGCUGGAGAAGCGCCGAGCAGGACUGGCCAUGCAGAUAUUCAUGUACCUGAUACCCGGCUUCGUCAUGUUCAUCUUCUUCCCGGCCUUUUUAUUUUCACACUACGAGGGCUGGACCUACGACGAGGCCGUCUACUACGCAUUCGUCACCCUCACGACCAUAGGCUUCGGCGAUUACGUAGCAGGUCAGGACAACACGAAAGGUAGCGGAGUAUGGUUCGGUCUCUACAAGACCUUCCUCAUCUGUUGGAUCUCGUUCGGCUUGGGUUACAUCGUCAUGAUCAUGACGUUCAUUGGCAGAGGCAUGACGAGCAAGAAGAUCGCGAGGCUCGAGCACAAGCUCGCCGUCAAGCUCAAGCACACGCAGAGCAAGAUCUGGCAGGAGUUUAACGAGGAUGUCAAUUACCUCCGGAGGGUAUUCAACGAGCUUCAGCUUUCCAAAGUGAAGAGGGUCUACGUGGACGAGUACGACUACGACACGCCACCGCCUCAGUUCCCUCGAAGCAGCAGCUUCCCGAAUCUCCGAGAAUUGGUCUACGGAGGCCUGGAACCACCGACGCCCCCUCACCCAAGACGUCGAGCCAACAGCGAGGUCGUCCCAAUGGAGGCUCAAGUGGCGCGAGUCGUCUCGGAGACGGACCUGCAGCGCAUCGACAAGCACGCGACCUUCGCCAGUCACGCGAUGGUCCAGCCUGCCGAGCUUCUCGCCCGCCUGGUUAACGUCCUGGGCUACAUACCGCCUCCCGACGACGACGAGAUGGCGCCCAACACCGUUGACAACACCUGCAACGGUGGCGUGCAAGGCUUCAGCGAGAAGGAGAUCUUGGCCAGUGAGGCUACGCCUUGGAGUCCCGAACCGAACACCAAGUGGAAGCUCGGCGGCGACGACAUCAAGCCCUGCCGAUCUCGAGCGACGAGCGAGGUCCGUCUGGACCGACCAGAGAUGUUCCUCCAGCCAAACGCCUGCGAAUGGACGUGGUCCGGUCCCUCGGCCAGCAGCAAGAUCCAGGAGAUCAUGCGAGCGAGGAAGAGCGCUCCGCCAGAGGCCAAGGAAGCCGCGACAAAGUCCCGAUUCCUCUCCCUGGGACUUGGACUUCCGAAGCCCGGUCUGUCGAAGAAUCUGCUGCCCAGGUGGAUGAGACAGCUGAACGGCAAGAAGCCGUCGGUCGAUCAUUCCAUGUCGGUGAACGACGUCGAGGCCAGCGGAAUGGACAUCGAGAGCGCCUCGCAGCCCCAGACACCUGGUGGUCGCAACACGAUAACCGGUGCCGCUCCGGAGCGUCGCAACUCCUACUCCCGGCCCUACUUCACGCACACGGGUGGCGAACUCGCGGGCAGUAACCUCCUGGAGGAGACGUCCCUCGCGGACUUCCUGCGCGCCCUCACGGCCCUGCACAGUCGAGUCGGUGCUGUCCCGGACGAGUUCAGCGCGACGGUGGGUCGCAAGUCCGGACCUCAGCGCAAGCUCGGUACCGCCUCGCUGACGCCACCCAAGCUGCCCAGUCUGCUGACGCUGUUCUCGCCGCCGGCGGGACACAGCCAGAGCCAGCAGAACACCAUCACGGCGGCUCAAGCGCCGUACAAUCCCGGGGCCAGGAGGUUCUCGCUGAGGACGGCCGAGAGCAGUGGCACCUCGACGCCGAUGUACCAGAGGAGGGCGACGCAGGCCGCGCAGGCGAUUCCCAGGCCCGGCAGGAGGUUCUCGCUGAGACCGGUCGCCACGCCGCUGGGAACGCCGCCCCAGUACAACUCGUACAGCUCGAAUCCAAACCAAGUGGACGACCGGCCAAGCCCACCGCCCUACUCCAUGGAGCCCUUCGUCAUGGACUGCCCCAAGAAACCCCUGGUCCAAAUGGAGGGCGCGCCAGGAGUCUCGUCCCCGGUCGCCGCACCAGCGCCGAUUACCGGUCACCGUCGAUUCUCCCUGCGACCGGCACAGAUCGGCGUACCACCCGCGCCGUCGUCUUCCUCCGUGGCGGCCUCCGGUGCCGUCGCGGCAGCCAUCUCCAAGGCCGCGGUCAGCCAGCCGGCCAAGGCCAUACCCAGGUGGAAGGCUGGUUUGCUUCAGAGGCAGAUCAGCCAGAAGAACAUGCAGCGCAGGGUCAGAGCGUUCAGUCUCAGCGACGUGCACUCCGAAGAGUCUGAUCGGUCGAUCGGAAUAAGUCCACUGGCCUUACACGACAACGCGCGCACCAUCACCUCGGUGCAGGGCCAGAAGCUCACCGCCCCGAAGACGGUGACGAUAGUCUCCCCGGACCUCUCUCGAACCAAAUCCGAGUUUCAGCGGCAAUCGGCGGACGACUCCGGCACCAAUCCUUUCGCUUCGCGGACCUUCAGGCGCUACAACAGCGACAUCGAGUCGGUGUCCUCCAGGAGUUCGAGCCACUCCUCGAAAUCGCUGGACAAGGACGCACCGGGCGCCAAGGACUCGAGCAGCAGCAGCAGCAGCAGCAACAGUAGGAAGAGCUCCGACGAGAGCAUAAGCGCGAAGAAGCAUAAGCAGCCGCUGACGACGUGGAAGGUGACGAGCUACGAUGACUACAAGUGGGAUUUCCCACCUACCGAAGGAUUCGAAGAACCCAAGAAGGAAGAACCGCCAGCUCCCGUGACUCCCAACGACGACAUCCUGGCUGCCAUAGUCAAGGAGUCGGACAUCGUCACCAGGAGACUAUCCGCCGAGAGCAACAGCAGCAAAGUCGCAGCCGAAGCGGCGAGGAAGGCUUCGACCACGAGCAGACGCUCCCUCAGGGACGACGAGCUCCAGGCGUCGGCCAGCAGGAAGCCGUCGAUAGUGUCGAUCGAGCCCUGGGCCGAGGCUCAGAGAAGAAAGAGCUCGACCUCGAGGUCGCUGGUCGAAGUACGGGUGGACAAACCGGAAGCACAGCCGGAGGUCAGGAUAGACGUGCCUGACGACAAGACAUUCGAUAGCAAUACUCGACAUUCCAGCGUAGACAGGAAGUAGAUUUUUAUGUAGAUAAGAGUCGACACAAUUUUUACAUUCGAGUAUUCUUCGCUUUUGGAACAUUUUUUCCCGGUGUUUUGGAAGAAUUUUUAGGUCUCGUGAUAGGGACCUAUACGCAUGAUGUACGGUGUGAAAGUUUUUUUUUUCCGAGUCGUCUGCAGUUAUCGCGAGCGAGUACACGUGGAACUGUUGAUAUUAUAUUAUAGUCGUAACUGAUGUGAUACUGUCAGUUGAACCAAUUACGUACGAUACAUAUAAGUAGAGACAUUUGUAUACAUUAUUAGCAAUAUACAACAUAGUAUUACUCGAGGAAACGAGGAAAACGAAACUGCAGGAAGCCUAGUGACCAAUGCGAGCUAAUACAAAACUCUUAGUAAGUAGGUACGACGAUCGCUGUGAAACAUAGCAAACACUUUUUUUAUAUUUACAAGAAAAUAAUGCAGACAUACGUUAUAGCAUGUAUAAUUAUAAGGUCCACGAUUCCGUCCCGGCAGACCGCGAGUGCGUGCGUUUUCCCUCGAGCAAUGUCUUCUCUAUAUACUUCUUUUUUUUUAAUGAGCUUACGAGUGGGGAGAUUCCCAUUUCUUGUUUAGACGUUCAAGUGACCACUUGUCGCGAGAGACAAACUGACAGAGCCGCGGACGGAUGACACUUCCAAACGUACACUGAAUAACGAUACUGUGAUAGCACUGCGAGCCUUAGUUACUAUAAGCGGUACUCGACGAGUACGAGUUUAGUAUUUCAUUUAUUUUUCAAGUUAUUAUUAGCUAAGGUUUAGGGUGGCUAUUCAAUUGUAAGACAAUUGGUUUGUUUUUUUGAAAAACUUUAUUUGCUUUGCAUGAUUUCGUUCGAUGUUGUAUAUUUUAAACAUAUAGUCAUAUCAUCAAAAGUAUUUAACAUCGAAAACCAAAAGUUCGAAUAGUGUUUCUUACGAGUUAGCUAAUAUCAGAUUGAAUAGUCACCGUGAAAGUACAAUUCGACGUGUAUUUUGUGAGUUAUAACACGACUACACUUGACGAAAUGAGCCUUUAAUGUGUAAAUUAUGAAAUGUAAGAAUUUGAUACGCAUAUUGUGAACAUUUUAUGCAAUAAAUUAAAUUAUAUAUACGUA